CAGAGCGUUCCAUGCGCUCCGCUUCAAACACAUAUUCCACAGGGAAAGAGAGAGCAGGACCUGUGAGGAGCACAACGACGAGAACGACAAACGGCAACGACAAAUGGCAUUCAUGGCUGGGAUUUUGUUUACGGCGACCUCUGUUCUACUUGGGAUUUCCACAUUUGUUUCUUCGGCACGGAUUUAUCCCUCAAACGAAGUGACGUUACUGGACUCCAGAUCCGUGCAGGGGGAGCUGGGAUGGGUCGCCAACCCAACAGAAGGAGGGUGGGAGGAGGUGAGCAUCAUGGACGAGAAGAACACGCCCAUCCGGACGUAUCAGGUGUGCAACGUCAUGGAGCCCAACCAGAACAACUGGCUGAGGACGGACUGGAUCCCUCGCGGCGGCGCCCAGCGCGUCUACAUCGAGAUCAAGUUCACCCUCCGGGACUGCAACAGCCUGCCGGGCGUCAUGGGAACCUGCAAGGAGACCUUCAACCUGUACUACUACGAGUCCAACAACGACAAGGAGCGCUACAUCCGGGAGAACCAGUUCGGCAAGAUCGACACGGUGGCGGCCGACGAGAGCUUCACGCAGGUGGACAUUGGCGACCGCAUCAUGAAGCUCAACACGGAGGUCAGGGACGUGGGCGCGCUGACCCGGAAGGGCUUCUACCUGGCCUUCCAGGACGUGGGGGCGUGCAUCGCCCUGGUGUCUGUCAGGGUCUUCUAUAAGAAGUGCCCCCUGGCCGUGAGGAACCUGGCCCAGUUCCCAGACACCAUCACAGGGGCAGACACAUCCUCGCUGGUGGAGGUGCGCGGCUCCUGUGUGGAUAAUUCCGAGGAGCGCGACGUUCCCAAAAUGUACUGCGGAGCGGACGGGGAGUGGCUGGUGCCCAUUGGGAACUGCCUGUGCAACCCGGGUUAUGAGGAGCGCAACACGGAGUGCCAGGCAUGUAAGAUUGGCUACUACCGUGCCCUGGCCACAGACGUGUCCUGCUCCAAGUGUCCUCUCCACAGCUACUCGGUGAGGGAGGGCUCCACCUCCUGCGCCUGCGACAAGGGCUACUUCCGCUCAGAGACGGACCCUGCGUCCAUGCCCUGCACGAGACCCCCGUCGGCCCCGCUGCACCUCAUCUCCAACGUCAACGAGACCUCGGUCAACCUGGAGUGGAGCGCGCCGCUGGCGUCGGGCGGCCGCCUGGACCUAAGCUACAACGUGGUGUGCAAGCGCUGCGGGGCCGAGGGCACGCGCUGCCAGCCCUGCGGCAACGGCGUCCACUUCAGCCCCCAGCAGCUGAGCCUGAAGGGGACGCGCGUGUCCAUCAACGACCUGCAGGCCCACACCAACUACACCUUCGAGAUCUGGGCCGUCAACGGGGUGUCCCCACAGAGCCCCGGGCCGGAGCAGGCCGUGUCGGUGACGGUCACCACCAACCAGGCCGCUCCUUCUCCGGUCAACUCCAUCCAGGCGAAGGACAUCACCAGACACACCAUCUCCCUGGCAUGGCAGCAACCGGAGAGAGCCAAUGGGGUCAUCCUGGAGUAUGAGGUCAAAUACUACGAGAAGGACCAGAAUGAGAGGAGCUAUCGCAUCAUCAAGACCUCCUCCAGAAACGCUGAUAUCAAGGGCCUGACCCCGCUCACCUCCUACGUGUUCCACGUGCGCGCUCGCACCGCCGCCGGCUACGGAGACUUCAGCGCCCCGUUUGAGUUCAUGACCAACUCCGUUCCAGCUCCUAUAAUAGGUGAUGGGACCAACUCCACCGUGUUACUGGUCUCUGUGGUUGGCAGUGUGGUUCUCCUCAUCAUCCUCAUCAGUGCCUUCGUCAUCAGCAGAAGAAGGAGUAAGUACAGCAAGGCCAAGCAGGAUGCCGAUGAAGAGAAACACCUGCACCAAGGGGCGAGGAUAUACGUUGACCCCUUUACGUACGAGGACCCCAACCAGGCUGUCCGCGAGUUUGCCAAAGAGAUCGACGCUUCCUGCAUCAAGAUCGAGAAAGUCAUCGGCAUCGGUGAGUUUGGUGAGGUGUGUAGCGGCCGUCUGAAGAUGCCAGGGAAGAGAGAGAUCUGUGUGGCCAUCAAGACCCUGAAGGCAGGAUACACCGACAAGCAGAGGCGGGACUUCCUGUCUGAGGCGUCAAUCAGCCAGUUUGACCAUCCCAACAUCAUUCACCUGGAGGGCGUGGUCACCAAAUGUAAGUAGACCUUUGACUGCAAG